GAGGACGUCUGAGACAGAGUGAGUCCAACAUUAUGAUACAGUUCAGAGUCUCUGAAUGAGUUUUCUUAGUGUUGACUGUAAAAGUGGAUCCGUUAGUUCACCAGGUGGAGAGUCGACUGGGUUGACUGUACUGUAUCGAGCCUGAGUGUAACUUCCUGUUCUGUCAGUGUUGGGUGUGGAAGGUGUUUUGUUAGAUUCACUGACUCACCAUUCUGAUUAACUUCAAUUGAGAUGAUGGAUACUGAUGUGGAUGAAGAGGAGGAUACAGGACAGUCUUCAGUAUCCCAUCAUACAAAGGAUUUAACCUUAAAGGAGCUUGGUGAUAAAAAUGAACCAGGACCUUUGGAUACAAAGGAUCAGUAUGUGAGACAAGGAGCAGAGUCUCCAGUUCCCAGCUGUGUGUCUGUGAGGAGUGACUGGUCUAAAGACAUUCCUCUGUGGUUCAGCAAUGAACCUGGACCGUCAAACACAAAACAAAGAGCAGAGUCUCCAGUACCCAGCUGUGUGUCUAUGAGGAGUGACUGGUCUAAAGACAUUCCUCUGUGGUUCAGUAAUGAACCUGGACCUUCAGACACAAAACAAAGAGCAGAGUCUCCAGUUCCCAGCUGUGUGUCUAUGAGGAGUGACUGGUCUAAAGACAUUCCUCUGUGGUUCAGUAAUGAACCUAGACCAUCGGACACAAAACAAAGAGCAGAGUCUCCAGUUCCCAGCUGUGUGUCUAUGAGGAGUGACUGGUCUAAAGACAUUCCUCUGUGGUUCAGUAAUGAACCUGGACCUUCAGACACAAAAAAAAGAGCAGAGUCUCCAGUACCCAGCUGUUUGUCUAUGAGGAGUGACUGGUCUAAAGACAUUCCUCUGUGGUUCAGUAAUGAACCUGUAUCUUCAGACACAAAAGAAAGGAAGAAGAAUCAUGUUCCUGCAUUCCAACGGUCCUGUUCUUUGUGUCAAAAUGUCCUGAGUGAUCCAGUCUGCACCAGCUGUGGACACUGGUUCUGCAGACAGUGCAUCACUUCAUACCAAAACCAGUCCGAUUCAUCAGGACACUUCUCAUGUCCUCAGUGUGAAGAAACAUCUAGAAUGAUAACUGGAAUGAUCAACAAAAAUGUGCAAACAGAAAAUUAUCUACAGAGGAUUUCAGAUGAACAUAAAACCAGCCUGAAUCGCAGAUAUGAAUGUGUGACUGAAGGAAUUGAUGAAGCAGGAAACAGAACUCCUCUAAACACGAUCUACACUGAGCUCUACAUCACAGAGGGACAAAGUGAAGAGGUCAAUACCCAACAUGAGGUGAGGCAGCUAGAAGUAAUAUCCAAGAAGACUGUCCAUGAGACUCCAAUCAGGUGCCAAGACAUCUUUAAAUCUUUACCUGACCAGCAGAAACACAUCAGAGUCGUUCUCACAAAUGGUGUCGCUGGAGUUGGAAAAACCUUCUCUGUGUUGAAGUUCACUCUGGACUGGACAGAGGGCGUAGAAAACCAGGAUUUCAGUCUGGUGAUUCUGCUUUCGUUCAGAGAGCUGAACCUGGUCAAAGAUGAGCGUUACAGUCUGCUGACGCUGCUCCAUGUUUUCCAUCCAACAUUACAGAAGAUCACAGCAGAACAGAUCAAUGUUUGUAAACUGAUAUUCAUCUUUGAUGGUCUGGAUGAAAGCAGAUUUUCACUAGAUUUCCAGAGAUGCCAGCUUGUCUCUGACGUUACACAGACAUCAUCAGUCGGUGUGCUGUUGACAAACCUCAUCAAGGGGAAUUUGCUUCCUUCAGCUCUCAUCUGGAUAACUUCCCGACCUGCAGCAGCCAAUCAGAUCCCACCUUUGUAUGUUGACAGGGUAACAGAAGUCAGAGGCUUCACCACUGACAUUCAGAAAGAGGAGUACUUCAGCAGGAGAUACAGCGAUCAAGAGCUGUCCAGCAAAAUCAUCUCACAUGUCAAGACAUCCAGGACACUCCAUAUUAUGUGUCAAAUCCCAGUCUUCUGCUGGAUCAUUGCUACAGUUCUGGAGCACAUGUUGACUACAGAACAAAGUGGAGAGCUACCCAAGACUCUGACAGACCUGUACUUACAGUUUCUGCUGGUUCAGAUAAAGAUCAAGAAGGUCAAGUAUGAAAAAGGCCUUGAGAUGGAUCCACAGGAGCUACUGGAGGCUGACAGAGACGUUCUACUGAAACUGGGGAGUCUGGCAUAUGAACAUCUGCAGAAAGGAAACAUCAUGUUCUACCAAGAAGACCUGGAGCGAUGUGGUCUGGAUGUCACUGAGGCCUUGGUGUACUCAGGAGUUUGCACAGAGAUCUUCAAAACAGAAGGUGUGAUCUUUGGCAAAACCGUCUACUGCUUUGUUCAUUUGAGCAUUCAGGAGUUUCUGGCUGCAGUCUACAUGUUGCAUUGCCACCACAACGACAAUGGAAAGGUACUGCAGAGUUUCCUACAAGGAACUGAAGAACACGCUUGCAUGAUCCCAGGACCUUGGGAGGAAGAGGAAGAGGAAUUAUCAGAUGAUGACGUUGACAACGCAUUCCUUGUAGAAUUCCUGAACCUAGCCAUGGAGAGGUCUUUUGAAAGUAGGAAUGGCCACCUGGACCUGUUUGUUCGCUUCCUUCACGGUCUCUCUCUGGAAUCCAACCAGAGAAUCCUAGUGAGUCUGUUGGGUCGAACAGUUGAUUUUGAUAAGUCAGAAGUCACCAACAACCUGAGGGAGAUGAACACGAAGGAUGUCUCUCCUGACAGAAGCAUCAACAUCUUCCACUGUCUGAUGGAGAUGAACGAUCCUUCGGUCCAUGUGGAGAUCCAGGAGUUCCUUAAGCUAGAGAACAGAUCAGAAAAGAAACUCUCUGAGAUUCAAUGUUCAGCUCUGGCCUACAUGCUCCAGAUGUCAGAAGACGUUCUGGAUGAGUUAGACUUGAAGAAGUACAACACAUCAGACGAGGGAAGAUGGAGGCUGAUCCCAGCUGUGAGGAACUGCAAAAAGGCUCUUCUUUCUAGGUGUGGACUCUCAAAGACUCACUGUGAAGUCGUGGCUUCAGCCCUGAAGUCCAACCCCUCCCAUCUAAGAGAGCUUGAUCUAAGUAAUAACAAUGAUGUAGAAGAUUCAGGAGUAGAGUUUUUGUGUGUUGGACUAAGGAGUCCAAACUGCAAACUGGAGACUCUGAGACUGAGUGAGUGUGGUUUGUCGGAGAUCAGUUGUUCUUCUCUGGCCUCAGCUCUGAAGACAAACCCCUUCUAUUUGACAGAGUUGGACUUAAAUGAUAACAAUGCGCUGAUGGACGCAGGAGUGAAGCUGUUGUGUGAUUUUCUGCAGAGUCCACAGUGUAGAGUGAAGACUCUGGGACUGAGAUGGUGCAGGCUGACAGAGAUCAGCUGUUCUUCUCUGGCCUCGGCUUUGAAGUCCAACCCUUUUCAUCUGACAGAGCUCGACAUGGGAAAUAAUGACUUGAAGGAUUCAGGAGUUGAUCAACUGUGUGUUUUUCUGCAGAGUCCAGAUUGUAAACUACAGACUCUAAGGUUGAAUGGCUGCAGUUCAACUCAGAUGAGAUGUUCUUCUCUGGCCUCAGCUCUUCAGGCCAAUCCAUCCCAUCUGACGGCACUAGAUCUGAGCCAUAACUACCUGUUUGAUUCAGGGGUGAAGGAGCUGUGUGAUAUUCUGCAGAGUCCACAUUGUAGACUGCAGAAUCUGAAAUUAAGGUCCUGCAAAUUGUCCGAGAUGGGCGUUUCUUCUCUGGCCUCAGCUCUGAAGUCCAACUCUGCUCAUCUGACAGAGCUGGAUCUAAGUAAAAAUAACCUACAGGAUUCAGAUGUGAAGGAGUUGUCUGAUCUUGUGCAGAAUCCAGACUCUAGACUGACAACUCUGAGAUUCAAGUCCUAACCUUAGUGAACUGGACCAUAGAAGCUUCUGCGCAGUCUUCUAAACUUAACCUAAAUAUAACAAUAAUAAUGCUUUCUAGGAAGAGGUUUAAUAAUAGGUGAAUAUAUAUUUUUUCAAAGAGCUUCUGAAUUAAUCUUAAUGAUUUGUCUGACUUUUUUUUUUUAAAUUGUUGAAGCUACAAGUUACUUAAUAAUAGUAAUCAAAAGUUAUUUUAGUUCUUUACCUGAAAUGUAACUUUGUUAUAAAGAUGAAACUUUUCCUUUGGAUGGAAUAAAGUCUGUAAAGUCUGU